AAAAUCAGUUAACACGUAAAAAAAAAAUAACAUUGAGAUGGGGCUGAUUGCAGCCAAAAAGAAAUAAAUAAAAUACUGCAAAUUUUCUGGCAGGGCGGUUACAUUCGCUAAAACAUAGAACAAUGGUUUUCCUCCACCUAAUUGCCUAACUCUGCAAGUUUCGCGUUUUGUUCGAAGCCCAGAAGCGAAUCGAGAGCAGUGCCACUCAAAAUUAUGCAAAAUCCGGACUCUUUAUCGUAUCUAACACAGCGUCAAGCUUUGGAGAUCGACGAGACCCUUAUGGCGGUUCUAUUAAUUGAAUUGGUUGGUUUGAGUGUGGCUGCUGCCAUAGCGGAGGACUCAUAUUGCAAUGUGAAUUUGAUGAUUCGAGAAAGACUUGGCAAAGCCGCUUGCCAGAGGCAAUUUAUCAUGCAUCGAGGAAAGCAUUUUGGAGCCAAUUACGAGCUUGGGGAAGAAAUGGGACGAGGGCAUUUUAGGUAUACUCGCUCAGCGAAAGCAAAGAAAGGGAGUAUGAAGGGCCAAGAUGUGGCUGUCAAGGUUAUUCCAAAAUCAAAGAGACAGCAGUUCUCGGAAGGAACGUUCUAUACGAACUAUACUAAAGAAUUAGAGGAAAAAUACUGUGAUGGAUUGAGGUACUCCCCUGAGAAAACCAAUGGAGAGCGAGUACGGAAAGUUGAACGAAUAUUAGCUCCUGACUAUUAUUUUCUGCUUCAUUGUUGUGAAGUUCGCCGCUAGCAGUAUAGAAAGCAAUUUAUAUCUCUACAUUAUAAUGUGCAAUACUUUCCUCGUUGCGUUUGAAUGGUGUAUGACGAAAUGAUAGUUGAUUGCUUUGUAACUAUACAAUGGUGUUGGAGGCAUUUUAAUAUUGCUUUGUAUGACCUACGAAGAAUGAAUGCAUAUAUUUGGAGUUCCUAAACACCAAAAUAAGAGUUAAUAAUGGGGGUACUAGGUAUCUCGUUAUUCAUAUAUUACUUUCUUUGAUAUAUGUCCUUUUUAAGUUGUUGAACUAAAAGUAUUCAACUUUGUAUAUAUCAUCUGAUGAGGUAUUAGAUUACUAUUAAUAACAACA